CGGCGGUAUACGAGAGGUGGACUGCGGUGGUCGUCGGCACGAUUCACCACGAUAACACUGCGGUCGACGGGGCCGGGCCGUCCGCACGGUUCAUCCCUCUCUCUCCCCACGACAAGAACGCGGUCGUCGGCGACGCCGGUGACGUUGGGGCGCAUGUGAACUAAUCGUGCGAAACGGCCGUUUGGACACGAAACUGCAUCGAAGAAGGCGGUGGUGAGAAAUUGCGAUCUCCCCCGUCAUCGAUCGAGGCAACAAUAACGGCGACGCUGUGCGGCUGUGCCUGCCGACUCGACGAACGCAACCCAGCCCCCGACACUCCACGUUCGCUGGUUCAAGCUGCGACGCAUCCGUCGUACGCAUCGACAACGUCAUGGCUGACGACGACGAUCACAGUAACCAUGGCGACAUCCGCCGCCAGACAGCGUCGUUACGCAUGCGCAAGUACCGCUCACAAAAGAAGGAGGAGUUCCAGCGCCUCGAGGCCGAGUGGAAGUGUCUCGAAGAGACACUCAAGGAGUUGCAGCGGCAAACCGCGUCACGACAAGUGCGCCGGGUCCCCGGUAGGCAAACCAUGGACCCCCGCAUGGCAGAAGUCCUGGCCAAGCGCACGUCGCACCUGCGCGGCGACGUCGAUGCCCAGUACAAGCUCGCGUGCUGCUUACGGGACUGGGUCGCGUCGCAACCCCCCACGCCAGGCUUGACGUCCCACACGGCAUGGAUUCAUUCGUCGCUACGUGCCGACCCGGACGCGCGCCGCGUGGGGCUGCAAUGGCUCAGUGAAAAACUAUACCACACGUCGCACUCGGCUGUGCCCCAUCAUCCACUGCGUGGGGCGGGCGAUGCGUAUCACUUGGCCGUGCGCACAAACGACGGCGUCGACGCCCCCGUCACGAUCGUCGCGAUUGAAUUCCAUUUUCAAUUUGAUAUUGUGUUUGUUCCGUUUGAGACCGUGGUCGGCACGUUGGAGGCCAUGGGGGGCCGCACCACGUUUGUCAUGCCGGACAUGGUCGCGUUGCAGACGGUCGAGUCGGUGGGCGACACAUUGCGAUAUUCGUACGGUGUCAAUGCGCGCAAUGGCGUGUCGAUGCGCCGAGUGACAAACGUGUUUCGAAAUCCCGACGGGACAAGAGCAGUCAUGACAAGCGCCAUGGUCGCCGACGACGAGAGGUUUCCCCUUGGUCCUGGCGAGAUUCGGUCGCACGGAUUUGGCUGGUCGGUCGCCGAGCGUGUGGCCGACAGCAUCACGACCGUGCGUGGCUCGAUGCUGCACUACACCCCAUUCACGACAGACGGGGUGAUCUCGCUCGAACACAUCGGCCAACUGUUUGGUGUCGAUCACCACGACCACCGGCGCAGAGAAGACUUGAUUGCGCACGUGCAAACACAAGCCGAAGCCCAGGUCGGCGACACGUUUCGUCAACACCUUCGCGCGUUGCGCCAUCAUUUCAUGCAAACUCCACCCAGCCACGCGUCGUGACACGAACGUGCGCUUUAUGCGCGACAUAGACACCAUUAUUUGCUAGCAAACUCUCGUUUUUGAAGUGGUGGGCCUGCCCCCCUUGUCUCUUGUGGGAAUAUGCCAACGACGUCUAUGGUUGGUGGACGCAGAUGACGUCGCAUGCAUGGCUGACGACUACACCCGUCCUCGCCUUCGAUAUAACGCGGACCCAAUGGGCUGGAGACCGCGGCAGUAGACUCGGCAUUGUCGAUCGACUUGCACGGGGGAGGGCUCGGACGGGUGUCGCCCAUUCUGACGAGAUCGUUCUCGGCUCGCACUGCUCCUGAUUUGCUCGCAAU